AUGCCAGGAGGUGCCGCGCCGUCUCCAAGCGGCCACUUUGAAAAUGUCUCCGCCGUUUUGCCGGGAAAGGCCAGGGGGGUCGGCGAUCGCCCCGGCCUGCCGAGCCGGCUUUCCGGGGGCGGCGGCGGCGGCGGGGGCGCCGCGCUAGAGACCUCGAUCCAGCCCUGCCCAUGCCCCGGCCCGGCCAGCAUGUGCGCUUUCUGCCUCCUGGUGGCCCUGCUGCUUUGCGCGCCGGGCGCUUGGGGAGCCGAGCCGAAGGCAGAGCGCAGAGCCGGGGAAGAAGCGGCGGCGGCGGCGGCGGCGGGCGUGGAGCCGUGGUGCCCCUACAAGGUGCUGAGCGAGGAGGGCAGCCCGGGCCGGCUGUGCUUCCGCAGCCCGGCGCGGGGCUUCCAGUGCGCUCCGGAGCGUUGCACGGCUCAUCGCUCGCCCGGCCGCGCCCUGCUGGCCAACGUGCUCCGCAACGGCAGCGUCCUGCUGCAGUGGGCCUGGCCGCCGGCCCCGCGCCUGCCCGCGCUGCGCGGCUUCGCGCUCUCCUGCUCGUGGGAAGGCGCCUACACGCGUUUCCAGUGCGACAGCGUGCGCCUGGGCACCGCCUGCCGGGAUUACUUGCUGGCCGACGCGCACGGCAGCGUCCGCUACCGCCUCUGCCUGCAGCCGCUCUUCGCCGAGGCCAACCGCAGCGGGGCCCAGCCGCAGCCGCCGCCGCCGCCGCCCCCGUCCUCCUCCGCCGAGUGCGUGGAGUUCACCGUGGAGCCGGCCGGCAUGCGGGACAUCGUGAUCGCCAUGACGGCCGUCGGGGGCUCCAUCUGCGUCAUGCUGGUGCUCAUCUGCCUCCUGGUGGCUUACCUGACCGAGAACCUCACGCCCGCCUCGGCCAAGCGGGGCAAGUGA